AUGCGUUAUUUUCUGCUCAGACCGGAGACCUUGUUCCUGCUGUGCAUCAGCCUGGCUCUGUGGAGUUACUUCUUCCACACGGACGAAGUGAAGACCAUCGUCAAGUCCAGCCGGGAUGCGGUGAAGAUGGUCAAGGGGAAAGUGGCCGAGAUGAUGCAGAAUGAGCGCUUCGGGGGUCUGGACGCGGAGUUCUCCAAGACCUGGGAGUUCAAGAGCAACAACGUGGCCGUGUACUCCAUCCAAGGCCGGCGAGACCACAUGGAGGACCGGUUUGAGGUGCUCACCGACAUUGUCAACAAGACUCAUCCGUCUAUUUUCGGGAUCUUCGAUGGCCACGGAGGAGAGGUCAGUGACACUGACCAAACAAAUGUUUUUCAGAAGUCUAAUUUGUCUCCCUCUGCUCUGGACUACCAGGCUGCUGCUGACUUCGCUAAGGCCAACCUGCCAGAUGCCCUGCGCCAGCAGCUGCUGACCUACGAACGGGAAAAAGAGCGAGAUAGAGAAAAAGACAAGGAGAAAGAUGACAAGAAAGAGAGGGUCAGCCUAUCCUAUCCGUCCAUCCUGGAGCACCAAAUACUGACGCUGGACAGAGAAAUGCUGGACAAGCUUUCUGCCACUUACAAUGAAGCAGGCACAACGUGUCUGGUGGCUCUUCUGUCUGAGAAGGAGUUGACGGUAGCCAAUGUUGGAGACUCUCGUGGAGUCCUGUGCGACAAACACGGCAACGCCAUCCCCCUAUCUCAUGACCACAAACCAUACCAGCUCAAAGAACGCAAGAGGAUCAAGAAGGCUGGCGGUUUUAUUAGUUUCAAUGGCUCGUGGCGUGUCCAGGGCAUCUUGGCUAUGUCCCGUUCCCUUGGAGAUUACCCCCUGAAAAACCUUAACGUGGUCGUUCCCGAUCCCGACAUCAUGUCCUUUGACCUGGACAAGCUGCAGCCCGAGUUCAUGAUCCUGGCGUCAGACGGCCUGUGGGACACCUUCAGCAACGAGGAGGCGGUCCGCUUCAUCAGGGAACGACUGGACGAGCCGCACUUCGGCGCCAAGAGCAUCGUCCUCCAGUCUUUCUACCGCGGCUGCCCCGACAACAUCACCGUCAUGGUGGUCAAGUUUAAAGGCAAAACCAACGAAAAAUAG